CGAACAUCUAACACCAUGAGCCGGAAGAGAGACAAACCCUACUUCUCCCGCCACGCCCCCUACUCCGGAUCGAAACGCCGUCGUCCCCUGCCUCCACAUCCGGAACCCGAACCCGAACCCGAGCUCGACAAGCCCACUUACAAGCAACCGCCGCCGCCGGCUCUGGUCGUAACAGGUCUCCCGCCCGACUGCUCUGUCCUAGACCUCAAGUCCCGGUUCGAGAUCUAUGGACCCAUCUCCCGCAUCCGCAUUGACCGCGACGCGGUCGGCUACGUCACCUACCGUGCCGCCGACUCCGCUCAAGCCGCCAUCGCUGCCUCUCUCGACCCAUCAUUCGGUAUCACCAUCGAAUCCAAAAAAUUGCAGGUGCUUUGGGCGACGGACCCACUUGCCCAAUGGCGGAAGGGAGUCGGAGCUGGUGCUGAAAAUAGAGAUUCCGGUGCCGGGUCGUCGGCAAGUUCAAAUCUUGUGAGGGCGGGGGUGCCGCUGAGGGGGCGCGGCAGAGGGAACAAGCUUGCUUCGGCAAUAGUGAAUCCCAGAGGCGGCGCUGCUGCUGCUGCUCCAACGACUGCUGCUCCUGCCACUGCUGCUGAGAGUUCUUCGUCGGCGUUGGAUGCGCCUUCCAAACCCAGAGAAAUCGUUGCUUAUGAUGAUAUCCUGUAAUACUAUCAGCUGCGUUUUGGGAUUUGGAGGGUUUAGUUUUGUAACAUUAGCAAUGGGUUUUAGUUCAUAGAGAUAUGAGAGGGUAUGAAGUUGCUUGAGUUAGCAGAGAUAAAAGGUUUGGCUUUCAGAUCAUUGAUGAUUGAUGUUUUUAUGUUUGUUCGUGAAUCCGAUGUUUUGCAUUUGUUUGGUUUGUGAAUCUGUAUGCUCUUUUGUUUUAUAUUUUAAUGAAUAAGGCUGCUCCAUGUUGUGAAUAACGUAAUGCAGUACUAUAUUUGCUUCAA